GGCGAUCCCCUGUGUAAGAGUGAGGUGGAGGAGGACAUUCCAGGAGAUGUCACCACAGAUAAUCCCUCUGACGGAAACUUCAUGUUAUCACUAAGUUAUGAAGCAGAAAAUAAAGAUAUCAUGCAGCGCUCUUCAGGAGAAAACUUAAUUAACAUUAAUUUACAUCCAGGACUUUACAGUACAGAUCUGUCAUAUAAUCCGGAACCUUCUUCUCGCCAAUCACAGAUUGUUACCCCAAAUACAGUUCAUAAAGGGGGUGAAAGAUUUCAAUAUCAUAUUGGGGAAAAGUCAUACACCUGUUCAGAAUGUGGAAAGUGCUUCAUUUUUAAAGCUAAACUUAGGGAUCAUAAGAGAAUUCACUCGGGAGAGAAACCAUAUUCAUGUCUAGAAUGUGGGAAAUGCUUUGCAAAUAAAUCAAAUCUUCUUAGACAUGAGAAAAGUCACACAGGAGAGAAACCAUAUUCAUGUUCAGAAUGUGGGAAAUGUUUUAUUACUAAACCCAAACUUAGAGACCAUCAGAAAAUUCACACAGGAGAGAAACCAUAUUCAUGUUCAGAAUGUGGGAAAUGUUUUAUUACUAAACCCAAACUUAGAGACCAUCAGAAAAUUCACACAGGAGAGAAACCGUAUUCAUGUUCAGAAUGUGGCAAAGGUUUUAUUACUAAACCCAAACUUAGAAACCAUCAGAGAAGUCACACAGGAGAUAAACCUUAUUCUUGUCCAGAAUGUGGGAAAUGUUUUAUUUUCAAAGCCAAUUUUGAAGACCACCAGAGAAUUCACACAGGAGAAAAACCAUAUUCAUGUUCAGAGUGUGGGAAAGGUUUUAUUAUUAAAGCCAGUCUUAAAGAUCAUCAGAGGAUUCACACAGGAGAAAAACCAUAUUCCUGUUCAGAAUGUGGAAAGGGUUUUAUUAGUAAAGCCAGUUUUAAAUACCAUCAGAGAAGUCACACAGGUGAUAAACCAUAUUCAUGCCCAGAAUGUAUGAAGUGUUUCGCAGAGAAAUCAAGUCUUGUUAGACAUAAGAGAAUUCACACAGGAGAUGAAUUGUAUGUUCAGAAUGUGAGAAAUGUUUUAUUACUAAAACCAUCCUUAGAGACCAUCAGAGAUUUGUAAACUCAAAAUAUAUUUGCCUCAUAUUUAUCAUUGUAUCAUAGUUUAUGUAUAGAUAUUGCAUUUUGUGUGCUGUUAUGGUCUGUUUUUCUCUGUAAUUAAAGCUAUGUACAUCUGUGUAUCUGUUUUCUCCUAUCAUGCAGGAUGUGUUUAUCAUUUUUGUGUCUGGGAUUUUUGUCUCAGUAGUUAUUGGAGGUCUGGCCACCUCCA